AUGGGAGAGAUUGAGAAGGACUUGAAACAGGAUCCGCCGUGUCAUUCAAGAGCAUGCGCCAUUCAAAAUUGCAUACAGAAGAACAACUUUGAUGAAGGAAAAUGUCGAAAAGAGGUCGAUGCUCUGUACGAGUGCUGCAAUGCCUUUUACAAAGUGAGAGGCGACGACGCAAGAUGUGUUACAUGCCCAAAACCUGAUCUGUUAAGAAUCAAGAUGAAGCAGCGCGCCCAAGGUAUAUCAUAG